UACUGUUUUUUGAAGAUCCAAGGCCCAAGAUGUGGCUGUUUUUCCUUCGUGAUCAAGCAUCUAUUUUCAACAGAACAGUUAAAGCAGUGGAAAGCGACAAUAUUAAUGCAAUGGAAGUUGGGCAUGCACUCAAUUCUUUUGUCCAAUCGCUCGAAUAUCGGAAAAAAGAAGCAUUUUUGUCCGCUACAGUGCAAAAGGAAAUGGAACAUAUUUCUGCUGUUGACGAAAGAGUGUCAAAAGAAGAGAUGCAAGAUCUCUCACGUCAAUUCUAUGAAUCAUGUAUAAAAUAUAUUGAAAAGUGGAAUGAACAAUUUGACCAUAUUAUGAUUUUUGCCUGGUGUGCGCUUGAUCAACCACCGCAAUGGAAGUUUAUCGAAACCACCGCGAAGUACAUCGCAACCAAUAGCCAUUUCGAUCUGGAAUCAUCCGAUACUGAUUUAUUCGAUCAGUUCACUGAAUGUGCAGAAACAGCGACGCACCUUUUGCAAGAAGUGCAAGUGCCACAAGCCACACAAGGUGGCACAAUACAAGAAGACGAAGAAGCGUAA